GAGUUUGAACAAAAUCAUAUGAAAUCGUGAAAAAUGUUCUCUCUCUUCAAUAUCGGGAGUCUUCCAUCUGAAGCACUCGAGCUAUGGCAUGUGCACAGAACACCAAUUAUAUUGGCCAUAGCCGUGAUUCUCAUUGUCUUCCGGGUAUGGAUACGGUUCUCCUGCAGAGAUCAAGAAGAUAUCAUCGAUUUGAACAGAGAGAAAUCCAUCGACUCCGCGGAAACGCGGACCAUGAAUCAUAAGCCACCAAUUGAUCAUGCUCCGAUUGAGUUUGGCUUCGAUGAUAAUAAUUUUAAAGCUGCUGAUGUGACUAAAACGUCGAAAGUUCGUGGCAAGUUGAGCCCGAAAAGAGUGAAUGGGAAGAAGAGGCAGGCAAAGCCUUUUUCUAACCUGCCCAGUCAGGGCUUCGAUCCUGAGCAAGACUCCGUCAAGCCCCUAGUUUUCUUUUGCUCUCUGGGAGGCAAUACUGAAAAGGCUGCAAAAGACUUCGCCGCCGAUAUCAACUCGUGGCGAAAAACUCUGGACGCCCCUUGUAAAGACCGCAUCCUGGAGCCAGAAAUACUCGAUCUAUCUUACAUUGAGUAUGAAGAGUACUUCGUCACCCCUCCGGCAGAUAGCAAGGUCGAAAGUGCAAAUAAGCGACCCAAGUAUUUCUACACGAUCCUGCUUCCAACAUACAACAUUGAUUCUAUUCUCGACAAUUUUCUGGACCAUCUCAAGGAGACACACAAUGACUUCCGGAUUGAUACAGCACCGCUUUCACCGCUUCUAGGUUACUCUGUUUUCGGGCUCGGGGACAGGGAGGGCUGGCCGACUGAGCAAGAAGGAUUUUGCUCUCAAGCCAGGGAAGUUGAUAAAUGGAUGGCGAAGCUGACGGGAAGAAAGCGCGCGUUUCCUCUUGGAAUGGGUGACAUGAAGCUUGACGGCAAGCAGAGACUGUUCGAAUGGAGAACAGGACUACAGGAUGUGGUUCUUGAGAUUGCCAAGGGUAAUGGGUUAGGCGAAGGUGUUGUCGGUAGCGGGGAUGCUAUCGAGAGUGAUGAAGAUGAUACUGAUACCGAAGAAGCGAAUGCAUCGCAAUCGCUGGACGACGUGGAAGAUCUCUGGAAAUCAUAUCGCAAUCGUAUGAAUGGGCCAGUGCCUGUUGACUUUACGAACUACAACUCCAAUUCAAAACCAGCUGAUUCAACACCUCUUAAGGAAAUGGUACCAAAAACAUCACCCACCUACGCUGCACUCACUAAACAAGGCUACACCAUUGUCGGCUCUCACAGCGGGGUGAAAAUCUGCCGUUGGACGAAAUCUGCGCUAAGGGGACGGGGUUCAUGCUAUAAGUAUUCGUUCUACGGUAUUAAAUCGCACCUUUGCAUGGAGACUACACCGUCGCUAUCGUGUAGUAAUAAGUGCGUGUUCUGCUGGCGGCAUGGGACUAAUCCCGUGGGAACGACAUGGCGAUGGAAGGUUGAUCCUCCUGAGAUGAUCUUUGAAGGCGUUAAGGAGGGUCAUUACAAAAAGAUCAAAAUGAUGAAAGGUGUUCCUGGAGUAAGGGCGGACCGGUUCGCAGAAGCAAUGCAGAUCAAACAUUGCGCCUUGAGUCUGGUCGGUGAGCCGAUUUUUUAUCCGCAUAUCAACGAGUUCACCAGGAUGCUUCACAAGGAACAUAUAUCUUCCUUCUUGGUGUGCAAUGCUCAGCACCCCGAUCAGUUGGCUGCAUUAAAUCACGUCACACAAUUGUACGUCUCGAUUGAUGCAUCUAACAAAGAUUCCCUCCGCAAGAUUGACCGUCCGCUGCAUCGCGACUUCUGGGAACGCUUCAUACGCUGCUUGGACAUUCUUCGCGAAAAACGAUUCACUCAACGCACUGUCUUCCGACUCACCCUCGUGAAGGGCUUCAACAUCGACGACGAGGCGGAAGGGUACGCAGAUCUCGUUGCUCGCGGAUUGCCGUGCUUCGUUGAGAUCAAAGGAGUAACUUUCUGCGGUACAUCUACAUCAUCCUCUGCAGGUUUAACGAUGCAAAAUGUUCCCUUCUAUUCUGAGGUAUGCGCUUUUGUCGUAGCCCUGUCGAAGGCGCUGUCCAAUCGAGGACUCAAGUACGGUAUCGCAGCUGAGCAUGCACAUAGUUGCUGUGUGCUACUCGGUGAUACAGAUCGGUUCUUGAUAAAUGGAAGAUGGCACACUCAGAUUGGGUAUGAAAAAUUUUUCCAGUGCCUAGAGAGUGGAAAGGAGUUUGGGCCGGAAGAUUACAUUGGCGACCCGACUCCAGAGUGGGCCCUUUGGGGGAAUGGAGGUUUCGAUCCAAGAGAUGAGAAAGUUGAUCGGAAAGGCAAUAAGCAAGAUCUGCCGGUGAGCGGUGCAAGAUUGGUGGAAAUAUAAUGUCCUUAAACCGUCUUACGUGAUUGACCUGAACAUCUUAUGCUGAUUUAUACGCGACUGUUGAAGAUUUUCCGAUAGUCAGCUUUUUCUGCUAAUCACCAGAGAGUGACUUUCUCGAAAUAAAAAAUUCAUUUUCGGCGUCC